CGUCUCAAGAACACAUGGAGAAGAUGAAGCUCCGCCAGAACUAUCGAAAUCUCUGGCACACCGAUCUCAUGCACACCAUUCAACAGGACACUCCUUAUUGCUGCUUGGCUCUUUGGUGUGGACCAUGUGUAUCCUACAUGCUCCGGAAACGAGCGCUUUAUAACGACAUGUCAAGGUAUACAUGUUGCGCUGGUUAUAUGCCAUGCAGCGGUAGGUGUGGAGAACGUAAAUGUCCUGAGUUUUGCCUUUGCACUGAGGUUUUCCUCUGCUUUGGAAACUCGGUGGCUUCGACCCGAUUUCUUUUGCAAGAUGAAUUCAACAUUCAAACAACCAAAUGUGACAAUUGCAUUAUUGGUUUCAUGUUUUGCCUGCAACAACUUGCCUGCAUAUUUUCCAUAGUUGCUCUGAUUGUUGGAAGUGAUGAGAUUCAAGAUGCAGCACAGCUACUGAACUGUUUGGCCGAUAUGGUCUAUUGCACGGUCUGUGCAUGUAUGCAGACGCAACAUAAGAUCGAAAUGGACAAACGAGAUGGUAAGUUUGGUCCGCAACCAAUGGCAGUGCCCCCUGUUCAGCAGAUGUCUCGCCUUGAUCAAGCAGUUCCUCCUGCAGCUGGUUAUCCACCAGCAGCAUAUGGACAGCCUUAUCAACAGCCUCAAGGUUACCCGCCAUCCGGAUAUCCUCCUGCUCAGUACCCUCCAACUGGUUAUCCUCCUGCUCAGUACCCUCCAACUGGUUAUCCAGCACCUGGUUAUUGAGUCAUGGAUGGAAAUUCAAGGUGAUCUUUCUGGUUUGAAUUUUGGCUUGAAUCGCCUGAACCUGAGUUACUGAGUCAUGGAUGGAAAUUCAAGUUUGCAUGUUGCUGGGGUUUAUAUUAAUAUACUGUGUGUGAUUUGCUUCACAUUGCUGAUUUUGAACAGCUAAAGGUUUAAGCGUUGUGACCACAGCUUGUUUAUCGUCAAUAACUUUUACUUAAUGUUU